AUGGAGGUCCAGGGUUUGGGGUUUAAUCUCCAGAGGUUAGGAGAAGCAGAAGGUCAGACUGUGCGGGACGGUGCCGGACCAUCGUAUUCCUCUUAUCCUGAGGAACCUCAGACUGUGCGGGACGGUGCCAUCCUUGCAACACAUAAGAGGUUUCCCUGUACUGAGUGCAGGAAGUAUUUCUAUUAUAAAUCCAAACUUAAUGUACAUAAAAGAUCUCACACGGGGGAGAAGCCGUAUUCCUGUCCUGAGUGCGGGAAAUCUUUUUCACAGAAGUCCGGUCUUUCCCAUCAUCAGAAGUUGCACACGGGGGAAAAGCCGUAUUCCUGUCUUGAGUGCGGGAAAUGUUUUUCACAUAGUACCGCUCUUUCCAGUCAUCAGAGAGUGCACACAGGGCUGAAGCCGUAUGCCUGUCCUGAGUGUGGGAAAUGUUUUUCAAGAAAGUCCCAUCUUACCAAACAUCAGAGAUCUCACACGGGGGAGAAGCCGUAUUGCUGUACUGAGUGUGGGAAAUGUUUUACAGAGAAGUCCUAUCUUUUCAGACAUCAGAGAUCUCACACGGGGGAAAAGAAGCAGUAUUACUGUACUGAGUGCGGGAAAUGUUUUUCAGAUAAGACCGUUCUUUCCAAUCAUCAGAGAUUGCACACAGGGGAGAAUCUGUAUCCCUGUCCUGAGUGCGGGAAAUGUUUUUCAAAGAAGUCCCGUCUUUCCAGACAUCAGAGAUCUCACACGGGGGAAAAGCCGUAUUGCUGUACUGAGUGUGGGAAUCGUUUUUCAGAUAAGACCGGACUUUCCUAUCAUCAGAGAUUGCACACGGGGGAAAAGCCGUAUCCAUGUUCUGAAUGCGGGAAAUGUUUUAUAAAGAAGUCCGCUCUUGUCACGCAUCAGAGAUCUCACACGGGGGAAAAGCCGUUUCCUUGUAUUGAGUGCGGGAAGUGUUUCUAUUAUAAAUCCCAACUUAUUGUACAUAAAAGAACUCACACAGGGAAGAAGCCGUAUUCCUGUCCUGAGUGUGGGAAAUAUUUUUCACAUAGGGACAAUCUUUCUGCACAUCUGAGAUGCCACACGGGGGAGAAGCCAUAUUCCUGUCCCGAGUGCCGGAAAUGUUUUUCUCAGAGGUCCAAUCUUUCUGCACAUCAGAGAUGCCACACGGGGGAAAAGCCGUAUUCCUGUUCCGAGUGCAGGAAAUGUUUUUCAAAGAAGGCCCAUCUUUCUGAACAUCAGAGAUGCCACACCGGGGAGAAGCCGUAUUUCUGUCCCGAGUGCGGGAAAUGUUUUUUAAAAAAGUUCCAGCUUUCUGGACAUCAGAGAUCUCACACGGGGGAAAAGCCGUAUUGCUGUACUGAGUGUGGGAAAUGUUUUACAGAUAAGUCCCAUCUUUCCAGACAUCAGAGAUCUCACACAGGGGAAAAGCCGUAUUCUUGUCCUGAGUGCGCAAAAUGUUUUUCACAGAAGUCCCAUCUUUCUGAACAUCAGAGAUUUCACACGGGGGAAAAGCCGUAUUCCUGUCCUGAAUGUGGGAAAUGUUUUUCAAGGAAGGCCGUUCUUUCCAGACAUCAGAGAUUGCAUACAGGGGAAAAGCCGUAUUCCUGUCCUGAGUGUGGGAAAUGUUUUUCAAGGAAGGACUUUCUUUUUAUACAUCAGAGAUUGCAUACGGGGGAAAAGCCAUAUUCCUGUCCUGAGUGCGGGAAAUGUUUUUCACGGAAGUCCCAUCUUUUUGGACAUCAGAGAUCUCACACGGGGGAAAAGCCAUAUUCCUGUGCUGAGUGCGGGAAAUGUUUUAUGCACAAAUCACAUCUCGUUGACCAUCAAAGGUCUCACACAGGGGAAAAGCCAUAUUGUUGUCUUGAGUGUGGGAAAAGUUUUUCUCUGAAGUCCACUCUUGUCAGACAUCAGAAAUCUCACACGGGUGAGAAGCCGUAUUCCUGUCUCGAGUGCGGGAAAUGUUUUUCACAGAAGAUCCUUCUUUCUAAACAUCAGAGAUUGCACACGGGAGAAAAGCCGUAUUCCUGUCCCGAGUGCAAGAAAUGUUUUUCAAACAAAUCCCAUCUUUCUGAUCAUCAGAGAUCUCACACGGGGGAGAAGCCGUAUUCCUGUCCUGAGUGCGGAAAAUGUUUUUCACAGAAGUCCUAUCUUUCUGCACAUCAGAGAUCUCACACGGGGGAAAAGCCGUAUUCCUGUCCUGAGUGCAGUAAAUGUUUUUCACAGAAGACCAGUCUUUCCAGACAUCAGAGAUCUCACACGGGGGAGAAGCCGUUUUCCUGUCCUGAGUGCGGAAAAAGUUUUACACAGAAGACCAGUCUUUCUGCACAUCAGAGAUCUCACACGGGGGGAAAGCCGUAUUCCUGUCCUGAGUGCGGGAAAUGUUUUACAGAAAAGUCCAGCCUUUACAAACAUCAGAGAUCUCACACGGGGGAAAAGCCAUAUUCCUGUCCUGAGUGCGGGAAAUGUUUUUCACAGAAGACCAGUCUUUCCAGACAUCAGAGAUCUCACACGGGGAAGAAGCCGUUUUCCUGUCCCGAGUGUGGGAAUUUUUUUUUAAGGAAGUCCAAUCUUUACAUGCAUCAGAGAUUGCACUCAAAAAAGAAGCCACUUGCCGUCCUUCAAACAGAUAAGAGGUUUUCCUGUCCUGAGUGUGGGAAGUGUUUCCCUUUUAAAUACAGUCUUAAUCUCCACAAAAGAACUCACACGGGGGAGAAGCCGUAUUCGUGCCCUGAGUGUGGGAAAUGUUUUGCAGUGAAGUCCAAUCUUUCCAAACAUCAGAGAGUGCACACAGGAGAGAAGCCGUAUGCCUGUCCUGAGUGCGGGAAAUGUUUUACAGAGAAGAGCCACCUUCCCAAACAUCAGAGAGUGCACACAGGAGAGAAGCCGUAUUCCUGUCCUGAGUGCGGGAAAUGUUUUACAGAGAAGGGCCACCUUUCCAAACAUCAGAGAUCUCACACAGGGGAGAAACCGUAUUCCUGUUCUGAAUGUGGGAAAUGCUUUCCACAAAAGUACAACCUUUCCCUUCAUCAAAGAAUUCACACGGGGGAAAAGCCGUAUUCCUGUCCUGAGUGUGGGAAAUGUUUUAAACAGAAUUCCAAUCUUACCAUACAUCAGAGAUUGCACACAGGGGAAAAGCCGUAUUCCUGUCCAGAGUGUGGGAAAUGUUUUUCACAUAAGACCCAGCUUUCCAAUCAUCAGAGAUUGCACACGGGGGAAAAACCAUAUUCCUGUCCAGAGUGCGGGAAAUGUUUUUCGAGUAAGAUCGAUCUUUCCUAUCAUCAGAGAUUGCACACGGGGGAAAAAUCUGUAUGCCUUCAGACUGUGCGGGACGGUGCCGGACCAUUGUAUUCCUCUUAUCCUGAGGAACCUCAGACUGUGCGGGACGGUGCUGUCCUUGCAUCACAUAAGAGGUUUCCCUGUACUGAGUGCGGGAAGUGUUUCUAUCAUAAAUCCAAACUUAAUAGGCAUAAAAGAUCUCACACGGGGGAGAAGCCGUAUUCCUGUCCUGAGUGCGGGAAAUGUUUUUCACAGAUGUCCUAUCUUACCACACAUCAGAGAUUGCACACAAUGGAAAAGCCAUAUUCCUGUCCUGAGUGCGGGAAAUGUUUUUCACAGAAGUGCCAUCUUUCCCUUCAUCAGAGAUCUCACACAGGGGAAAAGCCGUAUUCCUGUCCUGAGUGCGGGAAAUGUUUUUCAGAUAAAUCCAGUCUUACCACACAUCAGAGAUUGCACACAGGGGAGAAGCCAUAUUCCUGUCCUGAGUGCGGGAAAUGUUUUUCACAGAAGUCCAGUCUUUCCUUUCAUCAGAGAUUACACACGGAUGAAAAGCCGUAUUCCUGUCCUGAGUGCGGGAAAUGCUUUGCACAGCAGUCCUAUCUUUCCCUUCAUCAGAGAUUGCACACAAGGGAAAAGCUGUAUUCCUGUCCUGAGUGCGGGAAAUGUUUUUCACAGAAGUCCGUUCUUAUCACACAUCAGAGAUUGCAUACAGGUGAAAAGCCGUAUUCCUGUCCUGAGUGCGGGAAAUGUUUUUCACAGAUGUCCAGUCUUACGACACAUCAAAGAUCGCACACGGGGGAGAAGCCGUAUUCCUGUCCUGAGUGCGGAAAAUGUUUUUCAGAGAAGUCAAAUCUUUCCAGGCAUCAGAGAUCUCACACGAGGGAGAAGUUUUCCUGUACGGAGUGUGGGAAGUGUUUCCAUUUAAAAUCCAGACUUAAUCUCCACAAAAGAACUCACACGGGGGAGAAGCCGUAUUCCUGUCCUGAGUGUGGGAAAUGUUUUUCACAGAAGUCCCAUCUUUCCAAUCAUCAGAAUGUGCACACGGGGGAGAAGCCAUAUCCCUGCCCUGAGUGCGGGAAAUGUUUUUCACAGAAGUCCACUCUUGCCACACAUCAGAGAUUGCACACGGGGGAGAAGCCGUAUUCCUGUCCUGAGUGCGGGAAAUGUUUUUCAGAUAAGUCCAGUCUUACCAGACAUCAGAGAUUGCAUAAGGGGGAGAAGCCGUAUUCCUGUCCUGAGUGCGGGAAAUGUUUUUCAGGGAAGUCCAGUCUUACCACACAUCAGAGAUUGCAUAAGGGGGAGAAGCCGUAUUCCUGUCUUGAGUGCAGGAAAUGUUUUUCUAGGAAGUCCAGUCUUUCCAUACAUCAGAGAUUGCACACGGGGGAGAAGCCGUAUUCCUGUCCUGAGUGCGGGAAAUGUUUUUCACGGAAGUCCUAUCAUUUCUGUCAUCAGAGAUUGCACAAGGGGGAAAAGCCGUAUUCCUGUCCUGAGUGCGGGAAAUGUUUUUCACGGAAGUCCUAUCUUUCCUGUCAUCAGAGAUUGCACAAGGGGGAAAAGCCGUAUUCCUGUCCUGAGUGCAGGAAAUGUUUUUCACGGAAGUCCUAUCUUUCCUGUCAUCAGAGAUUGCACACGGGGGAAAAGCCGCAUUCCUGUCUUGAGUGCGGGAAAUGUUUCACAGACAAGUCCAGUCUUUCCAGACAUCAGAGAUCUCACACGGGGGAAAAGCCGUAUUGCUGUACUGAGUGUGGGAAAUCUUUUUCAGAUAAGUUUGAAUUUUCCUAUCAUCAGAGAUUGCACACAGGGGAAAAGCUGUAUUCCUGUUCUGAGUGCGGGAAAUGUUUUUCAAAGAAGUCUGCACUUUCCUAUCAUCAGAGAUCUCACACAGGGGAAAAGCCGUAUUCCUGUCCUGAGUGCGGGAAAUGUUUCUCAAAGAAGUCCAAUCUUUCUGGACAUCAGAAAUUGCACAUGGGGGAAAAGCCGUAUUGCUGUCCUGAGUGCGGGAAAUGUUUUACAUCGAAGUCCAAUCUUUCCUAUCAUCAGAGAUCUCACACAGGUGAAAAGCCAUAUUCCUGUCCUGAGUGCGGGAAAUCUUUUACAUUAAAGUGCAGUCUUUCCUAUCAUCAGAGAUCUCACACAGGGGAAAAGCCAUAUUCCUGUCCUGAGUGCGGGAAAUGUUUUACAUUGAAGUCCAGUCUUUCCAGACAUCAGAGAUCUCACACGGGGAAGAAGCCAUAUUCCUGUCCUGAGUGCGGGAAAUGUUUUUCAAAGAAGUUCAGUCUUUCUGGACAUCAGAAAUUGCACAUGAGGGAAAAGCCGUAUUGCUGUCCUGAGUGCGGGAAAUGUUUUACAUUGAAGUCCAGUCUUUCCAGACAUCAGAGAUCUCACACGGGGGAGAACCGUUUUCCUGUACUGAGUGUGGGAAAGGUUUUUCACAGAAGUCCCAACUUAACAGACAUCAGAGAUCUCACACAGGUGAGAAGCCGUUUUCCUGUACUGAGUGUAGGAAAUGUUUUGGAGAAAAAUCAGAGGUUGUCAGACAUCAGAGAUCUCACAUGGGGGAGCAUUCCUGUUCUGAGUGCGGGAAAUGUUUCACAGAAGUCCAAUCUUUCCCAACAUCAGAAAUUGCAUACAGGAGAAAAGCCGUAUUCUUGUACCGAGUGCGGGAAAAGUUUUUCACAGAAGUCCACUCUUUCCCGUCAUCAGAAAUUGCACACGGGGGAGAAACCCUAUUCAUGUCCUGAGUGUGGGAAAUGUUUUUCAGAGAAGUCUACUCUUUCCUCACAUCAGAGAUUGCACAUGGGGGAGAAGCCGUAUUCCUGUCCUGAGUGCGGGAAAUGUUUUUCACAGAAGUCCAAUCUUUCAAAACAUCAGAGAUUGCACACAGGGGAGAAGCCAUAUUCCUGCCCUGUGUGCGGGAAAUGUUUUUCAGAGAAGUCUUCUGUUUCCAAACAUCAGAGAUUGCACACGGGGGAGAAGCUGUAUUCCUGUCCUGAGUGCGGGAAAUGUUUUUCAGAGAAGUCCCAUCUUUCCAAACAUCAGAGAUUGCACACGGGGGAGAAACCGUAUUCCUGUCCUGACUGCGGGAAAUGUUUUUCGCAGAAGUCCAAUCUUUCCAUACAUCGGAGAUUGCACACGGGUGAGAAGCCGUAUUGCUGUCCUGAGUGUGGGAAAUGUUUUUCAGUGAAGUCCAAUCUUAACACACAUCAGAGAACUCACACUGGAGAAAAGCCGUACUCAUGUCCUGAGUGCGGGAAAUGUUUUUCACAGAAGUACAGUCUUACCACACAUAUAAGAUUGCACACAGGUGAGAAGCCAUAUUCCUGUCCUGAGUGCGGGAAAUGUUUUUCAGAUAAGUACCAUUUUGACAGACAUCAGAGAUCACACACAGGUGAGAAUUCGUAUUCCUGUCCUGAGUGCGGGAAAUAUUUUGGACAAAAAUCACAACUUGUUGAACAUCAGAGAUCUCACACGGGGGAGAAGCCGUUUUCCUGUCCUGAAUGCGGGAAAUGUUUUUCAUGGAAGUCCAAUCUUCACGCACAUCAGAGAUUGCAUACGGGAGAAAAGCCGCAUUCCUGUACUGAGUGCGGGAGACGUUUUGUAAAACAAUCAGAACUUGUCACACAUCGGAGGUCUCACACGGGGGAAAAGCCGUAUUGUUGUCCUGAGUGCGGGAAAUGUUUUUCAGAUAAGCACAGUUUUCUUAAACACCAAAAAUUUCACACGGGGGAGAAGCCGUAUUCCUGUACUGAAUGCGGGAAAUGUUAUGUACAAAAAUCAGGUCUUGUCGCACACCAGAGGUCUCACACGGGGGAGAAGCCAUUUUCCUGUCCUGUGUGUGGGCAAUGUUUUUCACUAAAGAAAAACCUUUACACACAUCAGAGGUUGCAUACAGGAGAAAAGCCCUAUACUUGUUCUGAGUGCGGGAAAUGUUUUGUACAAAGUUCACAUCUUGUUGUACAUCAGAGGUCUCACACGGGAGAAAAGCCGUAUUGUUGUCCUGAGUGCGGGAAAUGUUACUCUGAUAAGAAAAGUUUUAAUAAACACCAGAGAUCUCACAUGGAAGAGAAUCCGUAUCCCUGUUCUGAGUGCGGGAAAUGUUUUCCAGAUGAGUCCAGUUUUUAUAACCACCAGAGAUCUCACAUGGGGGAAAAGCCAUAUUCCUGUCCUGAGUGCGGAAAAUGUUAUACACGGAAGUCCCAUCUUUCCAGACAUCAGAGAUCUCACAUG